AUGGCUUUGAUCAUUCAAAGACACUUCAAAAAAAGAGACACAACAGGAUGGACAAGAUGGACAGAUUGGGACUGUCCGGUUACUUGUGGCGGAGGAACGGCAAGACGCAUCAGGCAAUGCAUUGAUCGUAAAUCAGGUUGUGAAGGCCCAAGUUUAGAAACGCAACCUUGUGCCGAAACACCUUGCCCUGAAGGCACACCACCAGAACUUCUCAAAAUGGCAAACAGACAAAUUGAAUUGGACUCUCGCAGUUACCAGGUGCAGAAAGGUGAUAAGGUGACUUUGGAUUGCCAAGGCUCUUUAAGAAGUCAUAUAAGUUCAUAUUACAGGAAUGCAAAGUCACUCUGGCAUCAUAAUAAAAAUAUCUAUAAGCCCGACGAGCAACGAACCGGUAUAAUGCACGAUACUAAGAAUAUGGUGAUUGCGGAAGCAUCACCCGAAGAUAAUGGUGUAUGGUAUUGUGAGGUCCAACUGAAUCCUAACGCACCUUUAUUUACAGCUGUAUACACACUGGCCGUUGAGAAUGAUGAAGCAGAUGUGGAAGUGGCUGAGGGAGAAUCCUUCACCCUGCCAUGCAAAGCUGAAAGGCUGUCCAAAUUCUUUAAAGCAAAAAUGGCCAUUCAGUGGUAUCAUAACACACAAUUACGCAAACAAUUUAGAGAUGCAAAUCCGGUGGAUGUUUCUGAGUUGGUGAUUGACGAAAGUUCUCCAGAAGAUAAUGGUGUAUGGGUUUGCAAAGUAAUUGAACAGGACAUUGAUUUACAGAGGGCUUCAAAAGAAUGGACAACAAAUGCGAUCCUCGUUAGAGUUUUAGAUAGCAAAUCUGCUGGUGCAGCACAAAGCACCGAAUAUGAAAAUACGUCCCAAACAGUGGUAUUAGUCAUCAUUGUUUGUAUAAUCGUGUCACUUAUACUUGUAGGGGGAUUAUAUUAUUUUUUUAGAAUUCGAAAAAAAUCUUCUAAGGAUAAGUCACAAGACGCUGAGAGAGGUGGAUCUGGCAAGAAAUCUCGGAAGAAAAAGAGAAAAGAUAAGGUCAAAGAAAUGAGAGAAACAAGAACCAAACCAAAGAAAAAGAAGACUCUUAACCCUAAAAAGAAAGGUGGAAGUAAUAAAUCAGGAAGAAAAAGGAAAGAAAAAUCUCAUAGGCACAGAAAAAAUAUCGAAUCUGAUGAAGACUACUGA